AAUGUUGUAUCUGCCUCGUUAUAGAGCAAUCUCUUUUCGGGAGUAAUAUGGCGUCCUAUAAACAAGCAAGGAAUCAAUUCAAAUCUCAUGCCGAUUCACGAUAUUAUUUGAGUCAUGCAGCAAAGAGAUUCUAUCAGUUUUCCAUUUCCUCUUUUCACAAAGAUAAAUGCAACGUGGAAAGGGCAAUCUGUAGUUGAUUUUGGUACGAACGAUGGAAUUGACAUUGAUUUCAGCAUCGACAGUGGUAUCCAAGUGACCUCAAGGAAAACCUCUGGCGGUAGAUGUAAAAGAUACCUAGCCCAGAACACAUGCUUUCCAUUAAUGCCACCGAACGAAAUUGAAGUUUCACAAAUUAUUGAAGAUGUUCGGGAUGUCUGGGCCUGCCCUCACGAUACUUGUGCAGAAAGAACUGCGAGCAAUUUACAGACUACCAAUCUUGGACAAUUGAACAUGUUGUUCAAAGACCAUCCUGAACUUCUAAUUGGCACCACGUUAGAUGAGCUCAAAGGAUUUGACAUGGAUAUUCUUCAUAGACAGUUUCACCCUUUAAAAUACGCUUAUGAUACAAUUAUGAUUUUAAACCGAAGGCAAGUACCUCCAGAAAACUUCAGAGAGUUCUACCGGCAAAGUAACACGAGGAAAACACGGACAAUGACCAGAUUUACGCGAAAUGAUACCCAUGCACUUGAGAACCGACAUUUUGUUAAAAGAUUAGAUGAGACCCUAGAAACAAUUUUUGAAAUUCCAAGAGGUCUGCUUCUAGACUUACUUGAUGAAGAAUUGGUUAGUAAAUAUGAUUUGAUAACUGAGAAUGAACAUCUUGGAAAUUGUUUGUCAAAUUGUGAAGAUUUGCUCAUAUACCCAAAAGGUACAAUGGAUACACUAUGUAUAAAUCCUAUCUCUUGCUUUGACAAUGGGGAUGGUGCAUUUCCUGAGUAUGAUGGUACUGCAAUGCAAAACAUUUCUCUUGAUGAAGCCAUCCAGGAGAUUGAUUGUAAAUGUUUUAGUGAUGGAAAUGCAAUUAUUGGUGUUCGAAGUGAUUAUUCAUGCUCAUUUCUGACAAAAUCAUUUCAGGAAUCCUCUAAGCCAAGCGAAAACCAUUAUUUCAACCUCAAUCAAACGUUGACAGAAAAGUCGAGAAUCUUAUCAAUGGCAGUUAAUCCUCAUUUUAUCAACGAUGCAGUGAUUUGUCUUGAAAAUGGGACUAUCAAUUGUUGGAGAGACGGCGUCGUGAAAUGCUUCUCAGAUCACCAAAUUCACAGUCACCCCAACUGCGGCGAAAUUCGAUGGGUGAACUGCAUCUAUGGCACCAACCCAACUUCCUUCUUGCUUCUUCACCCACAGGACGUCUACAUGUAUGAUACUAGGGCAGGACCGAAACCAUCCCAGACGAUUCUUCAACUUCCAAACAUCAAUUUAAAUAAAAUGGACAAACUAAGACGACCUGCCUCUCUGCACCCUGUGAACCCACACCAAAUGCUGCUGACGUCAGAGCUAGGCCUCAUCGUAAUGGAUGAGCGUUUCACAAAUACUCCUCUUGUAUCAGUCAAUCACUACAUGCGUAGCAGUCCGCAGUUUCUACGAGUAUCAGACUAUGAUUGUAAUUCCGAGUUCCGCACUUUGGCAUUGCUUGGUGGGUAUAGAUACAGGGAUACAAGGCUGAUAGAACUGACUCAAGGAAGCCAACCCAUUUCAAAGAUGCUUCGGGAACUGACCUCGGCUACAUGCAAAACACAGCCUCCUGCAAGUGUUGGCAGCCCAAGAAAGCUGUCGUACCCAGACUCCUGGCUUCAGGUUAUAAAGAACGACUGCCGUGUUGUCUCACCAGCAGUUAUUAAGAGAAUGACACAACCUCUUAUUGGCGUUAGUAUUCUCCCUGUCAAGUCAUCACCAACUAAAGACCUUCUGGCAUUGCAGUUAACGAAGCCAGGCGAUCUUUUCUACCAAAUACUAAGAACUGGAAGCGAGGCGGAUGAAACAGAGGCAGAUAGAAACUUUACCGUCAAAGAGGAGUAUUCAUCUAUUUAUGAGGCUCAAAGGACUGAAUGCGUUAUUUCUGAUAAGAUGGAGGAAAGAUGCCGGAAUUGGAUAAACAAAGCAUGCGAAAUGUAUAACGAAUCAAAGGAAUUCAAUGAAGAGGCUAAUUUAUCAUCGACAGUCGUCAGUACUGACGAUGGUGUUAUUGCUGAAGUACAAAAAUAUCAAAUGGAGGCUCGAGCUAGACUGGAAAAAACGAGAUCAGAGGGAGCAACAACAGAAAAUAGUAACUGUGAAAACCGAGAAUAUACCCAAGAUGCAACUGGGGAGCGUGGGAGAAUCUUUGAUGUCGAGGCUGUGGAUGAAAAUGCGGAUGAGGCAGAUGAAGAAUUGCAAGAAGAGAGGCGAGGUAAGUCUUCUAUCGAAUUGAAUGAGAUGGAUCUUAGUGGAUGUGUUUAUAAGGUUUGUCCAGUAUGUAAGACACCCCUCCAACAGGACAGCUCAGUAUGCAGCGGAUGUAAUUUGGACACGAAGGUAUCGACCCAGCUGAAAAGUGCAUAUGAAAAACGCUUAACCUUAACAAAUGGCGAAUUGGCUCUUCCUGGAGCCUUGCCUAUAUUCAACAGGUUUGUUAAAAACGUUGAAAAGUCAAGAGAUCUUGUGAGUGUUGUUUUAAUGACCAACUGGGACGAUGACGAAAAUUAUACACCGCUUGGUUUAUCACUGAAUGUAGAAGGGGAAGAAAAAGACACUAUAAAAGAAGAAAUGACAACGAGAACACCCCCGAGAGAAUCAAGGAAGGACCUUGAGGAAAUUAACGAUGAUUGGUAUCUAAGCGCAUCAGGUCGGUUGGAACAUAAAAAAGAAAAAGCAGAUGUUAUAUAUGGUAGAGAGAGAGAAUCAAAUAUUUCGAAGAGAACUAGAUCUUCUAAUUUAGGGAGAUCGAUGGGUGAUCUAGCAGGGAAACAAUCAGGCCCUACACCCGCAGAAAUAAAGCCUUUCAACGAUGGCAUUGAGUUAAACAUCGAAAAUAACACAAUACCAGAUGACUCUGCCUCUGUUUUGGAGCCCAAAGCUUAUUCAAUAAAAAACGAUACUUCCAGCACUGAUGCGCUUUCUAAAAAAACAGACAAUCCUCACUCUAGCUUUAGCAAGAGCGUAAAGAAGGCACUGUUUGAUCCAGAAGGUGCAAUCGACACAAGUCACGUUGAUCCACUAACUUUGUAUGCUACAGACUUGAAUGAUAUUGGUGUAAGGAAAAGACGAUAUUCAAAUGCAAUGGAAAGCCGUGACCCAGAUAUUAGCGUGCUUGGUGAUUAUAGCAGAACUGCAAAUUCUUCACAGCUAAAUUAUAGUCCUGAAAGGAAGAAAGCUCCUCUUUCUAAUGAUCGGACGACGCCUCGCAAGAAAAAGAUUAACAGAGAAAUGGGGUUUUAGAUUAUUUUGUAUCAUAAUGAACAUAAUUUUAAAGGUGAUAGUUUCUUAUUGUGUUCUUUGAGUUUUUUAAAUGCCAUGUUUAUAUAUAAAAAUUGAAUGUUAAUUUGCCUAAGAACGCAUGUCUAAAGUAAGUGCUAUUCGGACAUUUGAAGUUCGCAAAGCACGCAGGAAGAAUUUCUCAUGCUCAAACCUAGAUACUUUUCGUAGAAACAAAGCCAAUACCAGCAUUAAAAGUAAACAAUUUAGCAUAAGAUUACAAGAGAAUAAAUCUUUUUGUGGAAGGGUACGUCUUACAGUAUAGCAAAGAUUUAGUUGGAAAACAAUACGAAGAAUUUUCCUUGUAAACGGGACCCCCCCUCCCCCCACCCUAAUUUCAAGGUCAACAGGAGUCCUGUAUACGAUCCUUAUGAGGUUAAGGGCCUGUUGAAAAUUGCACUUGUCCUGCGAAAUCUAUCUGUUUUUGAUGUUGUUUUAUUUUAUUGCCGUUUCGCAAUUUUUCAGGACCACUGCAAUACGCCAUGAAAACCAGGAAUCUGUCCCAACCCUGCCUCACAACCAGCCCUUAGAUUUUGAAUACAGUGGACACCACCCAAUCUCGGAUACUAGUGCUGUCCGGUGUAGGGAGACGUCAAUUUAUAGAGAUUUCCGCUGUAGGGAGGUGUUUGUAAGGAAUAUGUCCAUUCUAGGGAGAUGCCUUUCUAUUAUAGAGAGGUACCCGUUUGUGGAGGUCUCUGUUGAAGGGAGAUGUCCGCUAACAGAAGUGUCCGUUUUAGGGGGACAUCCUUUUAUAAAUCUUUCAAUGUUAGAUAAACUUCUUUCAAUCACCAAAUAUAAAGUUCUUUCUUUGUAAAAAUUAUUUAUAUUUUCCCUUUGUAUACAGUUCAAUUACGCAAGUUACCAAUAAUAAUCAUAUAUGUUUUACAAGUAUCGAUUCUAUAUCAAGUAAUCAAUUAUAGUUUUAUAUUGUAAAGCACAAAGUACUAUUUAUUUCAUUCGUGGUCCUUCCUUGUGAAAAAUAUUUGCCGUAAAUGUGGACAAAUAUGGCUUCAAUUGGGAAAUGUUUCUAGCUACAUAAAGUAAUAUGUUUCCAGCAUUAGUUGAAGGGAUUUGUUUAUAAAAAGCUUUUUUCACGAGUUUUAACAAAGCCCGUGAGAAACGAUGCAAAGCGAGAAAGAAACUUUUGACGCAAUGAGAAAUUAUCCUGUAAUGCGUGAAUGUAUAACUGAGUUGAAAUGUAUUGAUAUUAUACUUCACACCUGCAUACAUGGCUUUAUCACCAACGAACUGCCUAUGUACCGCUUUAUUCGAUUCACGGUUUUGUCUUGAAUGUUAUUUGCCAAAUCAAAUUUUUAAUGUUUGGGAUUCCCAUUUCCUGACCUUUAUUGUCCUUAUAUUUUAAUAAAAAUUCCCAUGGCUACAGAAGUUGUAGCUGUAUUACGAAUUGAUAAUUUUGUUCCAGCUUAGAAAUACCGGUGCCAUGUUGUACGAAAUUCAUUCCUUAGCCAAAGGAUCUAUUUAAAUUGAAAGCGGAACAAUUAAUCGAGUGAGACACAACAUAGGCACGGAGGCUGCUAAACGUUGAGGGUAGCUUAGUACGGACCUUGCCCGACCCGAAUAUUAUUCCUUAAUUAAGAUGGAGCUGCCCAAAUGGAACCUGAAAUGCGACAAACUCUGCCUGACUAAGGGGGCUGCAGUCCUCAAUGUCCCUAUGUCUCGUACUGCUAUUUUGUUAGUUGGUAUUGCUAGGAAAAGGCUCUUUAGCUAAGCCCUAAGAAGGGAAAGGGAUGAGGGAUUAGGAAGAGAGAGGGAGAGAGAGGAAAGAUCAAAUAUGAGACGGUGAAUAAAACAAGAAAAAACAGAAGUGGAUAGAUCAUACUUCUUAAAUAUCCCGAAGUAUCUUCAUUGUUCUUGAGAGGUUCUAAAUUUUGAACUACUUUCCAUGAAGUAACGAAUGUUUAAUGAAUAAUCAACGAUCUACUUUAACCAAUAGUCAACAUUAUGAAUAGUCAACAUAAUGCUCUUUCAUUCUACCCUUAUCAUUGAACGUAAGUUAAAGAAUUAAAGAGCUCCUGAAAAAUCUUGAAGUAGCAAACACACCAAAUCAUCAUCAGCGGUUCACUAUUCUAGUUCUCUCCAAAAAGCGCGAAAACCUUUCCCAUACCUUUAUUCGUUUAGGAUUUUGAGCAUUUUGAUUUUCGCGCAAAAUGUAUGCGUGAACGUAACAUCAAUUAUUUGCGCACUUUUAUACGCGAGAGAAACUUUUGCGCGAAAAAGAAUCGCGAAAUGGAAAAAGGUUUGAGACCGGACAUUCGUUAACGUAGCUAGCAUAACGCUGUUGUCAACGAAGUUCUAACUUUUUCAGUCGGAACAAAGAGUUUCAAGGGUUUUUUCGUUUUCAUUUUCAAUUUGCUUAUAAAAUGUCCACAUUUAACGCCUGAAAAAUCGCGUCAAUGGUAUGGAAGUUUUAUAAAUUUUAAUAGAGUAGUUGUCAAUAAAAUGUGUGCUCGCAGAUGUCACGAAACUGAUCAAGAGAGUUUUUCUCAUCUACACCUACACCAAAAUAAUCGCUUUAAUUAAACUUCUGUAUUUUGAUGAUGUUUCUGGUUAGAAAGAUA